UUUAAGUUAUAAUGAACUAAGUAGAUAAGACAAAUAUAUAUAAAAAAACUGUAGUUGAUAAAUUUUAAGAUUUUAUUAAAAUAUUUGAAGUGAUAAAGGCAAUUUUUGAACUGCCAAAAAUAUGUAUUUUAAAUAUAUCGUUACUAUUUUGGCAUUGUACAUAUUUCCAGAGACUUUGGGUUCAGAAAAUAACGAUGGAAUUGAUACGCGGACAAUAAAUGAAUGCAUAACAUUAUUUGAAAUAAAGUCCAAUAAUUAUGAAUUUCCAGAUAAUAGAAUUACACCAGUUAUACAUAAUAGUCGAGAUGUCAUAGAAAAAACCUAUAAAAAUAUCAAUAAGAAAAUAGAAAGAUUAUUGAAUCUUUACGAAAUCAAAAAUACUUUUGAAUUAAAAGUUGAAGAAUCACUCCCAAAGCAAAUGGAUGAUUUUUUGAUAUUUUUUACAAGUCAAAAUAAAAAUGAAUUAUUUAGAAAAACGACUCCAAGAUUAACACGAAGUAUGGUAACUGACUUGAUUAAGUUAUUUAAUAAAUGCAAAAAAAAUAAAAAUGGUUAUUUUAAUACAUGUGAUAUGAAGAUUUAUAUUGAUAAUCUAUCUGUUAAAGACUUAAUGGUUGCUUUAAAUAAAGCGAAUAUAGAUGAUAGAUUAAAAAAUACAUUUUUAGACAAUUUCAAUAUAUUUACAUCUAUAACUAAAAAACUCGAAGUCAAUAAUGGACAACUCCUUGAAAUAGUUUUGAAAACAUUUUAAAAUAAGUAUUAAUUUCAUUAUGUUCCCUUUAUUUUUUAACAUUUUUCAGUUUAGAAAUUUCAUGUAUCAAGAUAAUUAACUUAUUCAAAGAAAUCAUCAUUACAAGAAAUUUUUUUUUAAUUUACUUAUUACUGGAAUACUUUUAUUACUUCUAUUACUUUUCAAGUUCUUAAAUUUAUAAAGUGUUAUGUUAAUAUGCAUUUUUUGGAUCUUGUCUUAAACACAUGAAAUAGUAAAUAUUUAAUGUAUUCUAAAAAAAAUUUACCAUGAGUCACCUAAAGUUACUUAAUUUUAGGGAUAAUGUAUGUAGUUCUAUGAUAUACUAAAAUUUUUUACAAAUUUUCCAUAAAACUUAAGUACUAAUAAAAUAAAUGUUCUGUAAUAAAUUUUUAACAAAAAUGUCAUUAAAAUGAAAUUCAUUAUGUAUAUUAUUUAAUAAUAUUAUU